CACGUAAGACCAACACCUCUUCCCGAACGUGCUCCUUCUCUCUUCUUCAAACACUUCCUAAAGUUGUGCGCCACUUGUGUGUGUUUUCUCUCAGAGCUGCAGGCCGAUCCCGAACUCCGCCAUGGCUUCCACUCCAGAGCUGAAGAUUGGACAGAAGCUGAAUGAGGGUAAAACCAAGCAGAUCUUCGAGCUGCUGGAGCCACCCGGUCAGGUUCUGGUCCAGUCCAAGGACCAGAUCACCGCCGGGAACGCGGUGAGGAAGGACCAGAUGGAGGGAAAGGCUGCCAUCGCCAACAGAACCACGAGCUGCUUGUUCAAGCUGCUUCAGGAAUCCGGCAUCAAGACGGCCUUCGUGAAGCAGCACUCUGACACAGCGUUCAUCGCGGCCCACUGUGAAAUGAUUCCCAUCGAGUGGGUGUGUCGGAGAGUGGCGACCGGAUCCUUCCUCAAGAGGAAUCCAGGAGUCAAGGAAGGCUACCGCUUCUCUCCGCUGAAGAUGGAAAUGUUCUUUAAGGACGAUGCCAACAACGACCCUCAGUGGUCAGAGGAGCAGCUGCUGGAGGCCAAGUUCUGUCUGGCUGGGCUUGCCAUCGGUCAGUGUGAGGUGGACAUCAUGAACCGCAGCACGGUGGCCAUCUUUGAGAUUCUGGAGAGGGCCUGGGCCACUCAGAACUGCACGCUGGUGGAUAUGAAGAUCGAGUUUGGUGUGAAUGUGAAAACUAAAGAGGUUGUGCUGGCUGAUGUGAUCGACAACGAUUCCUGGAGGCUGUGGCCGGCCGGAGAUCGAAGCCAGCAAAAAGAUAAGCAGGUUUACCGUGAUCUUAAAGAAGUGACCCCUGAGGCCAUGCAGAUGGUGAAGAGGAAUUUUGAGUGGGUCUCUGAAAGGGUCAAGCUGCUGCUGGAGUCCCAGGCCAGUGGCAGGGUGGUGGUUCUGAUGGGAUCCACCUCGGACUUGGCCCACUGUGAAAAAAUUAAGAAGGCCUGUUCUUCCUAUGGGAUCUCCUGCAUCCUCAGAGUCACCUCGGCACACAAAGGACCAGAUGAGACCCUCCGCAUCAAAGCAGAAUAUGAAGGUGAUGGUGUACCUACUGUGUUUGUGGCUGUGGCCGGCAGAAGUAACGGCCUUGGUCCAGUGAUGUCAGGAAACACUGCUUAUCCCGUCAUCAACUGCCCUCCUCUCACUCCUGAUUGGGGCGCACAGGAUGUCUGGUCAUCCCUCCGUAUGCCAAGUGGACUCGGCUGCUCCACAAUCCUCUCCCCCGAGAGCGCUGCUCAGUUUGCGGCGCAGAUCUUCGGCCUGACCAAUCACCUGGUGUGGUGCAAGCUGAGGGCCUCCAUGCUCAACACCUGGGUGUCUCUCAAGCUGGCCGACCAGAAGCUACAGGCCUGCACCAUCUGAGGUGGCUCAAACCUCUUUGAGUCCUCUGUGCUGCUUUAAGCCUCCCCUGUCAGUCAAUUUCUGUUUACCAUGACCAACCCACUAACAGUAGAUUGAGUCUACAUGUACUUUCUCAUACACGUCAUUCAUUCCAUGGAAAGUAGAAAAUUAAUAAAAGCUUAGUUAUUAAAUGCU